UGCGGGCUAAGGCCCUCCGCAAGCCCUCCCGAGGCCUUCUGGAGCCCUCCGCGUGCACGGCCCUCAGAUCGGAGGCCGCUGGACGAAAUCAAAAUUUUUCUCAUUGUCUCCGCGCCAUCGCCGGUUCGCGGGUUUGCGACUUUGCACGGCGCAAUAGCAGCAGCCUCUCCUCGGCAAUACCGCGAGGGCGUUAAUUACAUCCGUACAGUCAGAUAAUUCAUUCCUAUCCAAUCAUUGGUUCGGGAGGUAAAAGGAAAAAGGGUCGAAAGGAAGGAAGAAGAAGGGAGAAGAAGGAAGGAAGGACAACCUGCGAUGGCGGUAGGUGAGAGAAGGAUCAAUGGUGGUCGGCGUCCGCGUUUUAAGCCUUUCAACCGACGAGCAGCAGCAGCAGCAGGAGGAGGAGGAGGAGGAGGAGGAAAGGGAGGAAAGGGAGGAGGAAAAGGAUCAAAAGGAGCACAUCAUCGAAGGCGAAUGCCGACAGCACUCCAACGAGAAGUGGAAGAGAUCCGACAGCUAGAAACGAAAAUCGAGGCCGGUGCCCCUCCGCCGGGCAGUAAUCCUCUUGCUAUCGAUCUUGGCCCAUCAACAGACAGAGAUGGCGGCCGUGACGUGGCUGUUGCUAAGGACCUGGCCGAUCAAGCGAAUAAGACACAAAAGGAAAGCUUGAUUGGGCAGAAGAGGAAGGCGGUAAGUCCAAGAGGGGGGGGAGGUAAGGAAGAAAGGGAGGUAGGAGUUGGGAGCGGUAGUUGUAGUAAGCCUUAUGCAGGCGCAAAACGUUUUGAAGAUCUGCCGAUUUCCGAGAAGACGAAGAAGGCGCUGAGAGAGGCGAAACUGGUGGCAAUGACGGCGAUUCAAAGGGCGGCAGUGCCGCACGCGUUGUGCGGCAGAGAUGUGCUUGGAGCGGCGAAAACGGGAUCGGGGAAGACGUUGGCAUUCGUGAUUCCCCUGCUGGAGAAGCUGUACAGGAUGAGGUGGAGCACGAUGGAUGGGGCGGGAGCUUUGGUCAUUUCCCCGACGAGAGAACUGGCCGUCCAGAUCUUCGAUGUUCUCAAGACCGUCGGCAAGUAUCACUUGAUGAGCGGUGGACUGCUGAUUGGCGGCAAAGAUGUCAAGGCGGAAAAGGACAGAGUGAAUCGAUUGAACAUCAUAAUUUGCACACCGGGCAGGCUUCUUCAGCACAUGGACGAGACGCCCAACUUCGACUGCUCCAACUUGCAAAUGCUGGUCUUGGACGAAGCCGAUCGCAUUCUCGAUUUAGGGUUUGCGAAGACGCUGAACGCGAUCAUCGCGAAUCUGCCUAAGUCCCGCCAAACCUUGUUGUUCUCGGCAACGCAGACGAAAUCCGUGCGCGACUUGGCGCGCUUGAGCUUGCGCGACCCCGAGUACUUGUCGGUGCAUGCGGAGUCCUCCGCCGCCACGCCGUCCAAGCUCCGCCAGUCGGCCAUCAUCUGUCCUCUGCACAAGAAGCUGGACAUCCUCUGGUCCUUCAUCAAGUCUCACCUGCGAGGCAAAAUUCUCGUCUUCUUGACCAGCUGCAAGCAAGUGAAAUUUGUCUACGAAGCAUUUCGGCGCCUCCAGCCGGGAGUGCCUUUGAAGUGCCUGCAUGGCAAGAUGAAGCAGAUGCAGCGGAUGAUCGUGUUCUAUGAGUACUGCGAGUCCAAAUCUGCUGUGCUGUUCGCGACGGACAUUGCAGCGCGGGGUCUCGACUUUCCUGCAGUGGAUUGGGUCGUCCAGGUGGAUUGCCCAGAAGACGUGGCGGCGUACAUCCACAGGGUCGGUAGGACGGCGCGCUUCACGAACACCGGGCGGGCGUUGAUGUUUCUGGAACCCUCGGAGGUGGCCAUGCUCCCUCUUCUUAAGGAUGCCAAGAUCCCGGUCAACGUGAUCAAGCCGAACCCGACGAAGCUCCAGCCUGUGACGCCGGCUCUCGUCAGUCUACUGUCCAAAGAGCAGGAAAUCAAGUACCUCGCUCAGAGAGCUUUCGUGACCUACCUCCGCUCCAUUCAUUUGCAGGGCAACAAGGAAGUGUUUGACGUUGCCAAACUGCCGGUGGAAGAAUUCGCGGCAUCGCUCGGGCUGCCUAAUCCACCGAGGAUAAGGUUCCUGCGAAAAGGCGCGGGAAAAACGGCAACGGAUGGCGGGAAAGAGAAGAAUGAGCGGAAAGCAGGUGUCGGUGUUGCGAAGGAGGAGGAAGAAGAAGAAGAAGAGAAGGAAGAAGAGGGAGAGGAGGACGAGGAAGAAGAGGAGGAAGAGGAGGAAGAGGAGGAAGAAGAGGAGGAAGAGGAGGAAGAAGAGGAAGAGAGGGGAGGAGCUAUGGUGGACUCCGGGGGGAAGAAGAUAACGGAAUCUGGUUCUGAAAUCGAGAGUGAAGAGGAGAAUGAUGGCCCCACAGCCAAGCGGCGACGAAGGCUACAGGAGAGCAGCAACGAGGAGGAGGAGGGGAAGGCAACGUCCACAUCCGCAACGAAGAAGACGAAGAAGACGAAGAUGGACAAGUUGUUCGGUAAGAAGAAUAUGAAUGUCUUGUCGGAGAAGUAUGACAAAUUGCGUGCUCGCAACGAGGAUGCCGACGACGAUGAAGGUGGAAAGACAGAUUCCAGACGAGGGGGAGAGGAGGAAGAGGAGGGAGAUGAACUGCUACGUGUCAAGAGGAAGGACCAUCAGCUGGACGGCGAGGAACAGGAGGGUAGGACAACAGUUCCUGAUGGAGCUGUUGUCGCUGCAGCUGGGAAGCCGAAGAAGAAGAAGAAGAAAAUGAAGAUUGACCCUAGCAACACUGGGGGUAGUAACCGUCUUAUCUUUGAUGACAAAGGCAAUGCGCUCCCGCCAUUGGCAGCUCUGGGAGUGCGCAGGGGAGAGUCCAGCUGCGAAGACGACGAAGAGAGUGAUGGGAGCGAUGGCGAUGACGACGGUGGGCAUGGCAAGGCGACGGGGACGGCCGCCGCUGCAGCUGCGCCGACGCACCUGAUCAAGGAAAGGUUCAGCCGCUUGCGAGAGGAAAUGAGGGAGAGAGAUAAGGAGGAUAGAUGCAUAGAGAGAGCAAAGCUAAGGGAGAAAAGGUGGAAGCUGAAGCAGAAGCUCAAGGAAUUAGAGGGUAGUCAUGGUGGUCGUGUAGCGGUUCUCGGAAGGGAUGGAGACGAGAGUAAUGACGAUGAUGAUGAUGAUGGUGAUGAUGAUGAUGAUGAUGAUGAUGAUGAUGAUGAUGGGGAUAGUGAUGGUGGUCAUGAGAAGCGUGGCGGUAGAGAUGACGAUUCAGGUAGUAGCGGUGAGGAGGAUACGGCAGGGGAAACCGAUUUAGAAGAAGAGGAGAGCAGUGAUGGUCGUGAGGCCGCGUUUGGAAAAAAGGCCGCCACUUCGCGUAGGAGGACAGGAGUAGCUUCCCUUCGUGGGAAAACGGAGCAGAAGGAUGACAUUAUAGAAUCAGAUUCGGAAGUGUCCAUUGAUUUGAACAGUGACUCAGAGGACUCAGACUGAAGAAAAAACAGAAUUCAAAAAUUGCUCCUUUCCAUAUCCUUGGUAGUUUCCUGUUCAAUUCAUUG